UCAGAAGAUUUACUCAUUCAAUUGUGAUUGUUUAAAAUGAACUUCAAGACAUUCGUAUUCAUAUUUAGUUUGGGGUAUGUUUCUGGAUAUAAAAUACUGAUGAUAGCCCCCCACUCUAUAAGAAGUCUGAAUAUACUCGGCGUAGCCUAUGUUAGGCAUCUACUCAACGCUGGCCAUGAGGUCACCUACGUCUCACCAUUUCCAUUGAGAGAUAAACUAAAAAACUUUACUCAAAUCGACUUGAGCACCACAAAUUCGGAGUUUUGGUCAGCUGAUGCCGAAGCCAACAUUGGGUAUCUAAUAUCAAAACCAUUGUGUGAAGAUACCGACCCGUACUACAUACAAACUACUAGUACUGAAGUGGCAGAAGCUAUGCUUCAAAAUACGGAAAUGAAGGCAUUAUUAGAUGACCCAACUGUUAAAUUUGAUGCAGUUAUUUGUGAUUAUGUUGAAACGGAAAUUUACGCUGCUUUGGCAGCUUAUUAUGAAUGUCCUAUGAUUUGGGCAUACUCCCUAGGUGCACAUUGGUUUACAUUGCGUCUCGUGGAUGGAACAACGAACCCGGCUCAUUCUAGUGAUUAUCUUUCACCAGAUGUACCUCCAUUGCAUUCUAUGGCUGAGAGAGUCAACAAAUUAUGGUUACAGAUCAAGUGGAAUUAUUAUAAAUGGUUCAAGACUGUUCCAAGAGAAAAAAGUUACUACGAAAAGACUUUUGCACCCCUAUUUUCGAACAAAAAUAAGCCUUUACCAAAUUAUUACGAACUCAUGUAUAAUGCAUCUUUAGUGUUAGCAAAUGAUUUCCCAGGAAACGGUCUUAUACCAAGCACUCCUCAAAAUUUCAUAUUUAUUGGGGUGAAUAAACCGGCGAACAUAUUUAUUUUAAGUAUCCGUUGUCCUCAGCAAUUAAAAACUCUUUUGGAUAACGCCACAAAUGGUUUCAUCUACUUCAGCAUGGGAUCGCUUUGGAAGGGAAAAGAUGUGCCGAAAAAUGUUACCAAAGGCUUAGUAGAUUUAUUCGGAUCUCUGAAACAAACUGUAAUAUGGAAAUAUGAAGAAUAUUUGCCGAAUUUGCCAAAAAAUGUGCACACACUGAAGUGGGCACCACAACAAAGCAUAUUGGCUCAUCCAAAAUGCCUGUUCUUUAUCUCACACGGUGGUCUAUUAUCCACGACUGAGUCCGUCCAUUUUGGAGUACCCACCAUUGGUAUACCGCUUUACUUUGAUCAGUUCAACAAUGUCAAUAGAGGGGUGUUGGCUGGACGUACAAUCAAGGUAGAUUUGACGAUAAAUCUUGUCACCGAUCUAAGAGUGGCUGUACAGAAAAUGCUUCGAGAUUCCAGUUAUAAGCAGCGGGCAAAAGAAGUCUCCAAGAUCUACCACGACCGGCCGGUGUCGCCGGGCGCGGAGCUGGUGCACUGGGUGGAGCACGUGGUGCGCACGCGCGGCGCGCCGCAUCUGCGCUCCCCCGCGCUCAUGCUGCCCUGGUACCAGAAUAUGUACAUCGAUGUUAUAUUAGUCUGUUUAGCUAUGACACUUUUAAUUGGUUGGCUUUGUAAAAAAUAUUUAUUCGCAUCGUUGAGAAGAAAACUUGGCAAUAAAAAGGAGAAAAGAAAUUAAGUUUUAAGGUGCACAUUUUGUUCCGUGAGACAUAUU